AUGCAAGGCAGUCAUACAUGUUCUGUACACGAAUGUGCUGCGAGAUUGAAACCCAUCUUUAGGUUUCCACACCCAAAUCGGGGCCUUGAUCGGUUUCUCGCGUGGGUUAAAGCCGCGAAUAACCCAAAAUUCGUGGUUUUGACCCACGACCAAAUUCACCGAAGGGGGUACAUUUGUUUCCAGCAUUUUCAACCCGAGGAUUAUGUACCAGGAACACAAAGGCUGCGUCGAUCUGCAGUACCAACCAUUUUGCCUCCUCGAGAUGAUAACGAACUGCGUUCAUCACUCGAAGCAGAUCAGAUCGACGUGUCCAAUGUAGGGCCACAAACCAUUGAUCUCACUUUCCUCACUCCAGAAAAAGAAUGCCCGUACUUUCAUGCAAUAGCAAAUUUAACUCCACGUACGAGACGAACUCCAAGUUCUCAAAGUUUAGCUACUAAACUGGAGACUCUCGGGGGUAGAAGUGCAUGGAGUACUGGCGUUCCAGUGCGACAACUGAAUUUUGGAGCAGAAGAGGAUGGGAUCAAUGAGCUCCCUGGUGCUGGGCCUUCGGGGUUACAAAAUAUUCCAAAAAUAGAUUUUGCUGGAAACUUUGUACCUGCCAGGCAGUCGGUGGAUACUUCCAAGUCCAUGACCAAGACUCCACGAAAAAUAUUAGAUCGGCUGGGGAUCAAAGGGACCACCGUCAAUUUUAGCAGCAAUGAAACCCUGCUGUACGUGGAGGCGAAACGCCUGCAAAGGCAAGUGGGGAGACUGCAGAGGCAGGCACAAAAGCGCAAAAGCGCACUUCAUUCUGUUAAACAACUUCUGCGAGAUCGACAACUGGUUCAUCUCGUGGAAGGGUUGUCUCCCCUACAGCAGAGAUUUUUUAACAGCCAGAUUAGAAAUGUAAAUCGUAAACCGAAAGGCAGAAGUUUUACGUUUGAGGAGAAGGUAGAUGCCAUUGCCAUUUGGAAACAUGGCCCAAAAACGUAUAAACUUCUGUCAAGAAUGUUUACGCUGCCGUCUAUUGACACUCUGAGGGCAACCCUAAAUAAAGUUCCAAUAGAACCGGGUAUCAACAAACCCAUUUUCGAAGUUCUCAGAAAGCAAGUAUGUCGCAGAAUGGACAGUAAGUACAAUUUAUGUACUCUCAUCUUUGAUGAAAUGUCCAUUCAGCCUCACCUCGACUACUUGCCUUGUGAGGACAGAGUUGUGGGUUUUGAAGAUCACGGUACAACAAGGUCGGAAAAAAUUGCAGACCAUGUUUGCGUAUUUAUGCUAAGAGGAAUUUUCAAAAGGUGGAAGCAGCCUGUUGCUUUUGCUUUUUGCAAAAACUCUAUGUCUGCUGCAAACAUUGUCCGUUUUUAUAAAGAGAUUGUGAAAGAAGCAACAGCGGUCGGCUUAAACAUCAUUGCUUCAGUUUGUGAUCAAGGUAUUACAAACAGUGCCGCAAUCAAUAUGCUUUUACAAGAAACCAAACGACGUGCUAUUUUGGGAAAUGAAGAGGAAGUUGAAGAGAAUGUGAUAAGAAUUGGUGAUCACGAAGUUAUCCCUCUCUUUGAUCCUCCUCAUCUUCUAAAAAGUAUGCGAAACAAUCUUCUCACCAAAGGGAGGGUAUUCUAUGCUUGGUGGUAACACGUCUUCCACGACUGUUUGCUGGUUACCGGUGACACUUUCUCGUUGAAUAGGGCUGGAGUUACUUUGGGACUGGAAUAGUGUUCUUUCCGGUCCGUUAACUCGAUAAUUCUAGUACAGUCUGUCGUAACCUCAAAUCGUAAACACAUUAAACUUUCGUUGACAGUUCCUACAUUUGAUAGCGAAAAUUACUAGCCUCGCGCUAUCUUUGUUUAACACAUAGGUUAGGUUCCUCUCUGUCGAAUUCCGACCACAGGCAGUUUGCCGUACUUUCUAAAAGUAAUAGUAGAUCCACGACCUGCUGCAUUAGUUAAUACGGCCUGUUCAUAACUGUAGUUCCACUGUAUCCUCCGAUUUUAGUGAGGGCGCUAGCGGAUGGGCGCAUUUUAGGAAUUUUUAUUAUUUUAUGUUGGUUGGAUGGUACUCACUGUUUUUUGGUGUCAAAUCUGACAUUCAAAUUAAAAUUCUCUUGAGAAUCUUUAAGCGCGCUGAAAGUAGUUAUUUGUGAAGUCCAUUUGUUAUUGUUCGUUGUUUUUCUUUUUGAUUUGCAGUUUUCGUUCCAUUUUUAUUUGUUUUGUGGUGUUUCGUUCCCAUUUUGUCGUUUCAACUCGUUUAGUGUUUCGUUAUUAUUUCAUAGUUUAAUUAGUGUUUGUUUUUUGUUGUUUUGUUCCUAUUUGGUCGUUUAACUUCAGUUAGUGGUUCGUUAUUAUUACAUAGUUUAAGUUGUUACGUUAAUUUUACUGGGACGAAAAUGCGGUUCCACAAAAAAUGCAUUGUGCCCCAGUGCCCUGCCAAGUACUCAAAGUCUUUCCAUCAGUUUCCCUCUGAGCCCCUCUUAAGAGAAAAAUGGCUACAUAAAGUAGAGAAGUUUUGUUCUCCAACGCAGCAGAUCGUCAGUCAGUACUCAACCAUUUGCAAUUUGCACUUUAAACCCACAGAUUUUAAGUUUGCAGCAAAUGGUAGUAAACGCUUGCAAAAAAAUGCAGUUCCAACAGUUUUUCAUGUAUAUUUAUUUACAUUUUAAACUUAACAGAAAUAAAAUUAUAGUUUUUAUAGGG